UCGGUGUGCGGCAGGCAGGCCUCCCAUCCCCCAGCCGGCUUCCGGGCUUCCCUACUGGCUCUUGAGACUCCACGACCCUCUCCGGCUGUGCUUAAGCCGGAAUUUGGCCUUUCUUGCCGGGGCCCAAGCCACCCUGCCUGCGGCGCCCAGUCACCCGAGUACCGUCCGGCAGGCGCGGGGAGGCCGCAGCGGCUCCUGGCGGAGACCUAGAGGUGCGUGGUGGGACAACGCGGCAGCCGGCUUCCCUCUCCCGCUUAGCUCGGGGUUUGUGAGUUGCAGGUGACUCUACCUGAAUUUUCCAGCUGCAGAAUGUGUAGUGCUUUUAAAGGUUGGCAAUGAUGAGUAAACUGGAAUUAAAGGAAGACAAGAUCAUGGAGGUUCAGUUUGUGGGAGAUGAUGAUGUCCUUAAUCACAUUCUUGAUAGAGAAGGAGGAGCUAAAUUAAAAAAGGAGCGAGCUCAGCUUUUGGUCAACACAAAAAAAAUAAUAAAAAAGCCAGAAUAUGAUUUGGAAGAAGAUGACCAGGAAGUCUUAAAAGAUCAGAAUUAUGUGGAAGUUUUAGGACGAGAUAUUCAAGAAUCCUUGAAAAAUGGCUCUGCUGCAGAUGGUGGGAAUAAAGUUUAUUCUUUUCAGAACAGAAAACAUUCUGAAAAGAUGGCUAAAUUAGCUUCAGAACUAGCAAACACACCAAGAAAAAAUGUUUCGUUCAGUUUGAAAAAUGAUCCUGAAAUUAUGAUAAACAUUCCUCAGUGUAGCAAGGGGCAUUCUGCUUCAGACAAAGUUCAGUUGAAGAACAGCGAUAAAAGUGAAAAUCUGUCAACAGCACCUAGUGGUCUGAGGAAAAGAUUAAUAGUUCCAAGGUCUCAUUCUGACAGUGAAAGUGAAUAUUCUGCUUCCAACUCAGAAGAUGAUGAUGGCGUUGCCCAAGAACAUGAAGAGGACACUGAGGAAGUCAUCUUGAGCCAAAAGAGUCCAUCUCAGAAUAGAGCUAUGUCAGCUCCUGUUUGCAAAGAAACACCUUCUAAGAAAAUGAAAAGAGAUAAAACAAGUGAUUUGGUAGAAGAAUAUUUUGAAGCUCAUAGCAGUUCAAAAGUUUUGACCUCUGACAGAACACUGCAGAAACUAAAGCGAGCCAAACUGGAUCAGCAAACUUUGCGUAACUUAUUGGGCAAAGUUUCUCCUUCCUUUUCUGCUGAACUUAAACAACUAAAUCAACAAUAUGAACAAUUAUUUCAUAAAUGGAUGUUGCAGUUACGCCUGGGGUUCAACAUUGUGCUUUAUGGUUUGGGUUCUAAGAGAGAUUUACUAGAAAGGUUUCGAACCAGUGUGCUGCAAGAUUCCAUUCAUGUUGUCAUCAAUGGCUUCUUUCCUGGAAUAAGUGUGAAAUCAAUCCUGAAUUCUGUAACAGAAGAAGUCCUGGAUCAUAUGGGUACUUUCCGCAGUGCAUUGGAUCAGCUAGACUGGAUAGUAAACAGAUUUAAAGAAGAUUCUUCUUUGGAACUCUUCCUUCUCAUCCACAAUUUGGAUAGCCAAAUGUUGAGAGGAGACAAAAGCCAGCAAAUUAUUGGACAGUUGUCCUCCUUACGUAACAUAUACCUUAUAGCAUCUAUCGAUCACCUCAAUGCCCCUCUCAUGUGGGAUCAUGCAAAGCAGAGUCUUUAUAACUGGCUCUGGUAUGAAACUACUACAUAUAGUCCUUAUACUGAAGAAACCUCCUAUGAGAAUUCGCUUCUGGUUAAACAAUCUGGAUCAUUACCACUUAGUUCCCUAAUUCAUGUCUUACGAAGCCUUACCCCUAAUGCAAGGGGGAUUUUCAGGCUACUGAUAAAGUAUCAGCUGGAUAACCAGGAUAACCCUUCUUACAUUGGAUUUUCUUUUCAAGAUUUUUACCAACAGUGUCGGGAGGCAUUCUUGGUCAAUAGUGAUCUGACACUUCGGGCCCAGUUAACUGAAUUUAGGGACCACAAGCUUUUAAGGACAAAGAAGGGAACCGACGGGGUAGAGUACCUACUAAUUCCUGUGGACAGUGGAACGCUGAGUGAGUUCCUGGAAAAGGAAGAAGAGGAGUCUUGAAGUUGUCCUUUACUCUUGAAUCUUCUGUGGAAGGAAGGGUUGUACCCCAGCUGCCACUCCUCUGGUCUGAAGUAUUGUGUUUACAUCUAACAUUAGAUCCUUCCAGUGUACAAGACUUCAAGUUGGGAGGGGAGGAAUGUCGUCACUGAGAACCUUGAUUUAGCCUGGCUGGUACACCACCUCGUACUAUGCAGCGGUCCUCAAGUCGGAGAAAACGUGCCUUUCAUUCAUUACCUCUCUGGAGACUUCGUGCUGGAAUGAACUGUGUGCUCAGGGACUAUUUGGAGCUGGAUGUUUUCGGAUUCUUUUAUACUAGAGAUGAUAUUAUUCCCAAUUUUUUGAGGGCCUUUUAAACGCUCCCAGAGCGGACUGUUUGCAGAUGAGUUUGUUCCAGAGCAUGGAGGUACAAAAACACUGACAUCACAUAAAUCUACUUGCUCCUCUGUCAGAGCUGAUGAGUGUAAAGAAGGCAGAUCAGCUUACUCUUCUCGAAAGGCCUAACGAAAGGUGUGUAACACUGGGGAAGAGUGGGUGAUCUAGCUUUCUCUUUUGGAUUUAGACUCCAUGCUGGUGGGGUGGAGCAGGAGGACAUGACCCUCUUCAGCUGGGUUAGUGGGAAAAGCAUAAUGAGCCUACAGGGCGUAUACCCACCUUAGAAAGCACAUGAACAACAAUCAUGAUCCUUGGAAUGGCCAACAUCUGUGUCAUCACCCUGACACAAGAAGGAAGCCAGGCUAGAGAAGAAACACAGUCCUGAACUACAGUUUAGUCAUUGUUUUUAAGACAACAGAAAAUAAAAAUUCAAUUAUUCUUGUAUUGA